GAGCCGGGGCCGGCGGGAGCGGCGCCGACGAGGGCGGAAGUGCGCGGCGGGGGCGCGCGGGCGGCGGCACCCCAAUGAGAGCGUGGGGGCCGGCGGUUAAAGCGGAGCCGGGUGCCGGGCUGGAGCCUCAGUGCCGAGCCGGGUCUUAGCCCCCAGGCAUCUGCUUCACUGGGGAAACUGAAGACAGCAUGAUCCACCUGCUGAAGCAGCAGUGGUGGUGGCUUGUGCCUGUCUUUGCAGUGUGAUGUGCCAUCUUUGCAAUACUGAUGGACUAUCUCUGAUAGCUCAAGGAUCAGGUUGGGAGGAUGAGGGGAGGAAACUUGGCUGGAUCUCAUUGGUUGCCUGGCACUUCAUCUGUGGCAAGCAGGACAAUGGCUGCCAGCAAGAGCAAGAACCUGAGUUCCUUGGCCCUCCAUAAAGUAAUAAUGGUUGGCAGUGGAGGUGUGGGCAAAUCUGCACUCACUCUUCAAUUUAUGUAUGAUGAGUUUGUAGAAGACUAUGAACCUACCAAGGCUGACAGCUACAGAAAGAAAGUAGUUCUGGAUGGUGAAGAAGUUCAGAUCGACAUCCUGGACACAGCAGGACAGGAGGAUUAUGCAGCUAUCAGAGAUAACUAUUUCCGCAGCGGGGAAGGUUUUCUUCUAGUCUUCUCAAUAACAGAGCAUGAAUCCUUUACAGCAACAGCAGAGUUUCGGGAACAGAUCCUGCGUGUGAAGGCUGAAGAGGAUAAAAUCCCUUUACUAGUAGUGGGAAACAAAUCUGACUUGGAAGAGCGCAGACAAGUGCCUGUAGAAGAGGCGAGAAGUAAGGCAGAGGAGUGGGGUGUGCAGUACGUAGAAACCUCUGCCAAAACCAGAGCAAAUGUAGAUAAGGUAUUCUUUGAUUUAAUGAGAGAAAUCAGAGCAAAGAAAAUGUCAGAAAACAAAGACAAGAAUGGCAAGAAAAGUGGCAAAAACAAGAAAAGCUUUAAAGAAAGAUGUUGCUUACUGUGAUGCUUGGGAACUGUAAAUAUCUGCAGGUGGCAUGGAUGAGACACCACUAAGGAUAUAGGGCUGAACUCAUUAAAGGAACACUGUAUUGGCUCCCUUACAUUUUGUUUUGCAUAUCACACCUUCAAAAUGUGAAAACAGAACUCUGAAACCAGUUCUGGUAUCCAACAAAACCUAUGCCUGCUCAAACUGAAAUGGGCUCAGUAUUCCCAGUGUCUUUCAAAACUAGAAACAGUUUCAGAACUACAAUCCUUCUGCUUGGUUAUACAAAGUACUUUCAUAUUAACUUCCUAGUUUAUGCUAAUGUUUCUCUGAAUAUAUGUUUCUCUUGAACCUCUACUGGCCUUAACAAGCACAGCUGUUCAGGUUCAGACAGUUGGGUUGUGGUGGUGGUGGUUUUUGUUUUGUUUUUUGAUGGUUUUUGUUUUUUCCACUGUUGCUGCCCUCCUUAAUGUUGCAAACUGCAGAAAACUAGAUGACAUCUGGUUGAGGGUUUGGGUCUCCAUCUUCUAUUAGUUGUCACUGAUAUUUCUUACACUGAAAUCUGCUGGCUUCCUCCCCACACUAUGUAAGAAAUAGCAACUGACACUUGAGAGUCAACUCAAACCAAACUUUCUUCCAUAUUCAAUUUAGUCAAUACAGCAUUCAUGAAUCAAUCCUAUGGACUCACUUCAGGCUUAUUUUGGCAAUGCGAAAAUUGAUAUUUAAUUACUGGUUAGAUGUGUUCCCCACUGGUCUGUCUUCUCAUCCUUAAAUUAGUGGUAUGGGGUGAGAAAAUGACUGUAUGCCUUUAUUCGAAAGGAAUAAUAUCUUCACCAUGUCCUUGAAAUUCUGUCCUGGGAUUCUUCCAUGUAUUGUGGCUAGACUCAGUUCUACUCACUCUACAUACAUGAUCCUUCCCCUCCCUGGUACUGGAGUAGUGAACAUCAAAGUGUUGAUUUAAUUGGUUUUGUUUCUGUUGGAACAAUUGUGACCACAUUGGUAAAGUGGGAGCAUCUGCAACUGUCUCUUCGUCUUGCUGAAAAUGAAAACUUUGAGUAAGAAUGGGUCACGUCACACAAUCAUGACUAGUAAUAGGUGAGGCAUACAUGCUACCUCUCAAUGAUUAGCUGGCUAGUGAGUUGUAUGGUGUCAAAAAGCAAAUUAAGUUAAGCAGUUACCAUGUCUGUUACUCACUGUCAAUUUUAUAUGCACUGUUUCUGAUGCACAGCAACCUAGCACAUGGAGAUGCAUGUUGGGUUUUGUUGUCGUUUAUGCAAUGGUGGUCAUGUACUGAUCAACAAAACCAGCCUAGGAAUGGAACAAAAGCCAGUACUGAGCAGAUCCUGUUGUCAGCUGACUGAAUGGAGCUUUCUGGUGCAGAUACAGAAAAAAACCCAAAACACAACACUUCUGGCACUGUGGAAAGUAACCGUCUCUUCCAGUUGUGGAGUCUCUCAAUGAAUUAUGGUUAUCUGGAAGAGUAGCGAGGCUCAAAGUAGUGACUAUAUCUUGCUUGUUAACUGGAUGCUUGAAACACAGCUACUUGGUGAAAGGAAUACUUGAUGCGAUUGUUCAAUGAAGCAUGUUACAGCACUAAAUUAACAAAUGCUGUUUCUUUUUGAGGUGAAGUAGUAGUGAAUACUGUUCAGUACUUAGUAUUGUAAUUUGAGGUUGAAAAAACCACUUUUUAACAUGUACUAGAUUGCUCUUGUGCAUUCCACUUCUGAACUUUGAAAAAAGAUGUGUUAGAUAUCAGAACCUCUGUUGGUCUGAGGUUUCACAGGGACUUAUUGCAAACUCAUUGUCUUCCAUAACUAGUUCAACUUGUCAGGCAACUCAUUGGAUUGGGGAAACUGUACUAAAUAAAAGGUGCUGUAAUCUUCA